AGAAGCAAGCUAUACCACACUAUCCAAAAGCCUUGGCUAUACUUUCUUGAGUUCUUCACACAUAUUGAUCCAUAUACGAUCAAAAUUUAAACAUGUCACUCAUUGCCAAAUUGUUUGGAGAUGAACCAUUGGAUCCAUUCCUUUCUGUGAUCAACAAGUGUCCGGUACUCAACACCCCGACUGACUGGAAGGAGACCCCUAAUGCUCACGUUCUCAUUUCCGACCUGCCGGGGCUGAAGAAAGAGGAGGUGAAGGUGGAGGUUGAUGAUGGCAGAGUACUCCAAAUCAGUGGCGAGAGGAAAGUAGAAGAUGGUGACGGUGGUAGUGAUAAGAAUGAUCCUGAAUAUAAGUGGCACCGUGUCGAACGUAGUCGUGGCAAGUUCCUUAGGAGGUUUAAGCUACCGGAAAAUGCCAAGACCGAUGAGAUUCAGGCUUCCAUGGAGAACGGAGUGCUUACUGUCACUAUCCCCAAGCAGGAGGUUCCAAAACCUCAAAGGAAGGUCGUUGAGAUUAAUUGAAGCACAUUAACUACUAGUUGAAGGGGCCUUGUCUGUGUGUUUGUGUGACAAUAAAUGGUUACUAGUGUGUUUGCUAUCAUCAACGUUUGCUUUGCUUUGUUUCUCAUGCAUAUUUUUCAUUUUUGUGAUGUACAUGAAACUGGAAGUAUGCAAAUUUAUAUCUCGUUAAAUAAAGCUUAAUGUUUGCAAACUCG